CCGAGUAGGUACGGGUCGUAGUCCCUUCUGGAGGACGCCGAUCUGAUGCCCUAAACUUACCGGGACGUAAGGCUGAGGUUUGAUCCUAAGAGGAAAAGGGAGGAUGGCCAGGUGUGGGCUCUUGGUUUUAGAGUCCGAGUCUGCAAGUGCAUGUACAGGAGGAUGCAGUUAGGGCCUCUGCGUGGGUCUCGGAGCCGACUCCAGGAAGCCCAUUCUACCUGCAGGGGUGGAUGUUCCCAGGGUGUUUCGGAGCCCUGUCUGCGAACUCUCCGAGACCGGGGCAGCCGCAGCAGCGGCUCCUUGGGAGCCGGAGGGUGGGUUGUAUGAAAGAGAUUCCUAGCCGCCUACCCACCCCCCACCCCCCAUCCCCCCACCCAGCCACACAAAUACACUGCUUCUCGCCCACCUUUGGCUCUUUGUCACCCAGACUGGGUCCCUGAAGGGGAGAGGCCUGAGGUCAGAGAGAAGGACUUGGCCUGAGAGGCCUUGACAAUGAAGAUCCAGCCUUCUUACCUUGCCUUUUGCGGCAAUCCUUCACUCCCCUCCCAGGAUUAGGCAACCUUCCGGACAGGAGAGAAACUUCUGUUGAGACCUCUCAGGGCGAAGGCCAGAGGGUGGGUAGAAAGAUUGAAAUCUGGAGGGUGACGGGUGCUUUCUGCAGGGAACAGCCAAUGUAUUUAAGAUACGGGAGGGAAAAUGUGGAGGAUUUGAUCCAGAUGCUGACGGAAGGCGUCGGGGCGGGUAAUGGCUGCAUGGGAAGGGAUUCCCUUUGCAGCAGAGGCCAGCAGAAGUAUCCUCAGAAGGAGAGAAUUGGGAGCUAAUAGAGACUAAGAAUCUACUGCUUCAGGGUAACAGAAUUCCUAGUAUGUGAAUGCUCCCAGCCUCACUCAGGACUGCGGUGUGAUCUCUUUUAACCCAGUUUUCCUCAUAACAGGUGUGUAGAAAUUUCUCGCUUAAGUCCCACUCUGCCAGUCCCUAAAAGGGCUUAUCAGAGAAGGAAUGGCUGUCAGGCGCCUGCCAACCAUGGUCCAGGAAUCAGUGACCUUCAAGGAUGUGGUCGUGCUCUUCACCCAGGACGAGUGGGCACAGCUGAGCCCCACUCAGAGGGCCCUGUACAGGGAUGUGAUGCUGGAGAACUACAGCAACCUGGUCUCGCUGGGACUCUUAGGACCCCAACCAGAUGUAUUGUCCCAGCUGGGAAAAGGAGAAGAGUGGGUGCUGGAGGACACCUCGGCAGGCUUCUGUCUUGACUGGAUGACUAUGCCUGUGAGUAAGAAAUCUACUCCCAAGGCAGAUAUUCCUGGAGAAGACUUGGAUCGGUGGAUGGUAAAGGAAAGAUUUACUAGAGACAGUCACUGGAAAUAUGAUGGCCUGCUGGAAUGGCAGCAUGGAGGCCAGGUGGCUGUCACUCACCAGAAAACCCCCUCUGUGCUCAGUGACCAGGGAGGUGAUGAGCCUGGGAAGCACUGCACCGAGAGCUCAUCUUUUGUUCCGAGUCAGGGAUUGCAAUCUAGCAAAAAAGUCUUUGAGUGUAGAGAGUGUGGAAAAGUCUUCACUAAGAGUUCGACCCUUAAUAAACAUCAGAAAGUUCAUACUGAAAAACUUAAUGCAAAUCGGAAAACUGUUAUUAAAGAGAAACGAUAUGAAUGUAGAGAAUGUGGGAAAGCCUUUCACCAGAGUACACACCUCAUCCAUCACCAAAGAAUUCACACUGGCGAGAAACCGUACGAAUGUAAGGAAUGUGGCAAGGCCUUCUCGGUGAGCUCCUCGCUUACUUAUCAUCAGAAAAUUCACACCGGAGAGAAACCUUUUGAAUGCAACUUAUGCGGAAAAGCUUUUAUCCGAAAUAUACACCUUGCACACCAUCACAGAAUACACACUGGAGAGAAACCUUUUAAAUGUAACGUAUGUGACAAAGCCUUUGUAUGCAGGGCACAUCUUACCAAACACCAGAAUAUUCACAGUGGAGAGAAACCCUAUAAAUGUAACGAGUGUGGGAAAGCCUUCAAUCAGAGUACAAGUUUUCUUCAGCAUCAAAGAAUUCACACUGGAGAGAAGCCCUUUGAAUGUAAUGAAUGUGGAAAGGCCUUCAGGGUGAACUCUUCCCUUACCGAGCAUCAGAGAAUUCAUACUGGAGAGAAACCUUAUAAGUGUAGUGAAUGUGGGAAAGCUUUCAGGGAUAACUCAUCCUUUGCUCGACAUCGGAAAAUUCAUACCGGAGAGAAACCUUACAGGUGUGGUUUGUGCGAGAAAGCCUUCAGGGACCAAUCCGCCCUAGCCCAACAUCAGAGAAUUCAUACUGGGGAAAAACCAUACACAUGUAAUAUAUGUGAGAAAGCCUUCAGUGACCAUUCGGCCCUUACUCAACAUAAGAGAAUCCACACUAGAGAAAAACCUUACAAAUGUAAAAUCUGUGGGAAAGCCUUUAUUCGAAGCACACACCUUACUCAACAUCAGAGGAUUCACACGGGAGAGAAGCCCUAUAAAUGUAAUAAAUGUGGGAAAGCUUUCAACCAGACUGCAAACCUCAUUCAGCAUCAGAGACAUCAUAUUGGAGAAAAGUGACAUGACUAUAGUUUAUAUAGCAGAGCUUUGAGACUGAAUAUGUUAAUUAUUGAAUGUACGAGAAUCCAUUCCAGGAAAUAGCCAUGAAAGCUUGCCCGAAGAUGGUCUUUUUAUUCACAUUAUUGUGGGUUUGAGAAUUUAAGAAUGGCAUGCACUCCUAGUUCAGAACUGCCUCUGUUAAAUAGCAGUAGUGUUUUACUGAAUUACUGAAUUGUGAAAUAUAAUCAAAAUGAAGCUUCAUUAGCAACACAGAAAUUAGUUUAUCAAAUUUACACUUUGACUAUUAAGAGACACUAUAAAAUGGUAAAAAAAUUUUAGGUCGAGAAGCAAAGGAACCAAAGUAAGAAGAUGGCCUCUAAGCAUUUCACACUACUCAGUUCUCUUAUGUAAGAGGGUUUCUACUUUUAAUGGAACCCUUUUAUUCUCACCAACCCUGAUGAAACCCAGUGUAAGAAAAGUGCAGUCACCCAUGCAUUGGGUCAGGAGUUACUCAAAUUGUUUCCCACCUUCUGCUUCAAACCACCUUUUGUCAGAUCUCUCUGACUUAUGUGUCCACUGGCCGCUUAACUGUAUUCUCCUUCCAGUACAACUCUGAAUGGUGUGUCCCUCUUGAUUUGCACCUCUUGAGUGGUGACAUCAUGUCAUUUAUUGUCACCCCACUUGCCCUUGGGGAAUAUGGUGAUCUGGCCCCGUACGCAGUCCACAAUUCUGGAUAUUGCACCCAGGCCCAGCUUUCAGAACUUGGGACGCCUGGGAUGCAGAGGUUGAUCAAACUUCUUGAGUUACCCAGUUCCUCUGGGCCUCAGCAUGACUCUGACACUGGGAUGGUAUCUAAAGCAGGGACUGAGUGUAUGGAGACAUUACCUUCAAUUUGUUCCACACUGUAGUUACCCCACACACAGCAGUCAGGGACAAUGCUCCACUUGAGGUGACAAUCCAAUUACCUCGUGGUGGUCUAGGUCACCUCCCCUUCUGUGACUUGCCAUUUCCUGACAUGCAACCGACACAAGAAGUCAGAGCCCCAAAGCCAGUUCUCAAAGGUUGACCCACUGUUCCCCCUUGGCUGGCAGUCCUCUGUGUCUACUGCGUUAGAGUAUCCUGGCCCCUGCCCUUCUAUCCAGUUUUCUGAAGGUAUUGACUUGUGUUCACAAAAAAAACAUCUUUGAAUUUCUGCUUUUGCAUUUGAAAGUGGGCAUUUCCUCUCCAUCUGGGUGUCCCACUGUUUAAAGACUGUCCUGUCCUGACAAUGGUGAGCUACAUGUGGAGUAAUUCCAUGGGUCAAGAAGUGGUCAACAGCAUCAUGGCAGUUUCUGGCAGAGCAUUGUCCGUACCCAAAAGUUUUAGUGAUACUCUGGUCCUGCAGGUACAGUUCCUUUACCUUUAGUGCUAUCAGUAGAAAUCAGAGAUAAAGUAACAUGUGUGCCUUCAGGCACACAGCUUCCGGUAGCCCUGUUCCCUUCCCCACCACGAAGAAUGUGGAGCCCACGUGACUGCAGACUGGAACAUACUACAUCAUGAAGAUGGAAGGGCAAGUCAGCCCUUGUCCUGGGAAGCAGAGCGGCAGGUUCUUGAUCUAUGGGGGUGCUCUCCAUCAAGUCAGGCAGCCCACUGGCCCCACAAAGGCUGCACCUCGACUCCCAAGUUACAGAAGAGGACAGUCUAUAUCCUGGCGGAAUCAGUGGUCUCCCAAGUUGAAAACAGACCCGGAAGCUUCUAGCGGCUUUAAAGCCUAAGUUCUCUAAAUUCAGCUUCUGUUGAAUGAAGGCGACUAGUGUGGGCAAGUGAUCAGUAACUCAUACUUUCUCCCCCAUUAGGCUGCAGGUGAAGCAGCAUUUCAGGAGGUUGCUUGGAGCUAUUUGUACCCUGGGCCACACAUGUUCGUCUACAGCCUCACAGGGCUAGCAAUCCCAAAUUCCACAAUAAACUUGGAAAACUGUACUCAAAUGCCACAGAUCCCUGCCUUUAGUACUGUGCACAUGGCCUGCCUGGUCUUAAUGAUCAUCCUCUUAAUCCUGGUGGAACAUUGUCCAGCUGGGCCUUUUGUUCAUUUUGUGUGUUCUUAAUGAGAGCUUCUGCCACUUGUCACGUGCCUGCAGCUGAGUCAGGGCCAAGACCUGCUGCCUGUUAAGCGCCUCAUUCCUUCCAGUGACGGCUCCAACUGCUGUUCCUGCACCGGAACCUGUGCAGCCUAAAGGCCCUUGAUCUGAGAUUACUCCCUGCCCUACUUAGUGCUCAGACUUCCCAGCACACCCAUGACUGUGCCAUCACAAGGUAAUGAAUGAGCCAGUCUCCCCACACCUUCGCCUGGACUAUAGAAAGAGAGGAGUCAGAGAAGCAGACCUAGAUCCGACCUCCCACGUCAGAGCUCUCCUGGCCUACUGUGGAAGUGCCAGUUCCACUCUGCCCAGAGGGAGUGUUUUUGAGAAGAGGAUUAGCACCUAGGUGUUAAAUUCUUCACUGUCCUGGGCUCCUGUGAACAACCCCUGAAACUGCCAGCUCUUGGGAAAUAAUCGCUCUGAUUUACCCUUUGAAACUCCCCGAAUGAUUUCUUAUCAGGUCUUCCUGUCUCCAGCUCGUAGAUUUUGCACCUGGGUUCUCCCUCCCCACCUGAGUUGGCCUAGUUCCGUUAGCAGUGUCUGCCCAAGACGUUGCUUUCCUCCUUACUCAGCAACUGCUUCUAGAGGGAAUGGGGCCUUGCUUCUCAGCAGAUUCAGGCUUCCAGGUUACUGUGCCUGAGCCUUGGAGUGUUGGAACAAAACAGCCCUAACUGCAUGUGUCUUUGGUUGAGAAAGCAACUUAAUUCCUUUAAACACGAAUUUAGUCUAAGAGUGCAUAGCCUCCAGCUGUCUUCAUUCCUCUCCUUUCCUGCCUUAUCUCCUUGGUACUCUGUCCUACUGGAUUAGCCAGCAAGGGAAUGUAGAAACAAAACACUCCACCCUGCUCUAGCCCACAGUAGGAGGGGUCCCAGCUUCCUGGCCCACCUCAACUCCUGCCAAAUAUAUUUUUGGUAAUAUUUUUGCUUUUAGUAUUUUUAUACCAGUUCAUGAAGGGAGGAGAAAACACAAGGUUUGAUUGUUUCCUGUCACCCACAGACGUCUCCAUUGUGUUCAUAAUGGUCAUCCUUGGCAAGUGCCAGGAUUUGGUCGUUGGGGAGUGUGCUUCCCCAUUCUGUGUGCUGCCCUGUCUACCGCCCCUCACCAUUCUUAAAAACUGUUGUCAUAGAACAUGUCUUUCUGAAAAUAAAUGAGAAAAAUACACAGUGUUCUAAGA